AAUACUUUUCAGAUACCGAAGAAAAAGAAGAAAAAAAAUAGGAGUAAUGUUUGUGCGGCCAAAACGGCCCGUGAUUAAUUCACCAUGCCUCUUGAUAAAGAAAGGCGUACAUACAUACAUACGCCAGACCUUAAUUGACAUUACUUUCCAACCAUUUCUGUUUCAGCUUGCAGAAAUUGUUGUGUCAACAACAGUAACCACAUGAUGAAGCUUCGAUUUAUGGCUGUGGUUGUUAUGCUGUUAAGUUGUACGGAGAGACACAAAUCAACUGCAAAGGGUUCAGAGAAUGAAUACACAGUUGAAUCAGUGAGAGCAUCUUUAAUUAGACAAGAGGAUACAAUCAUAUUUAGUGUGAUUGAGAGAGCAAGAUUCCCACUUAAUUCUCCCACCUACCAUCAACAUUAUGCUUCCAUUCCUCACUUUUCUGGCUCCUUGCUCGAUGUCGUUCUUGACUAUACAGAAGCCAUUCAAGCCAAGUCAGGAAGAUACAUCAACCCAGAAGAAAAUCCUUAUAAAGGAAUUUUACCACCCUCAAUUGUGCCACAUUACAACUUCUCACAGUUUUUGCAUACUGCAGCCUCUUCGAUUAACACAAACAAGAACAUAAGGAAAGUGUAUUUCCAUGAGAUGCUUCCGCUUUUUGUUGCUUUCGGGGAUGAUGGCAACUAUGCACAAACUGCAGCUAGUGAUCUUUCAAUUCUGCAGGCCAUCUCUAGAAGGAUUCAUUAUGGAAAGUUUGUAGCUGAGGCGAAGUUUAGAGAAUCUCCUCGUGACUAUGAGCCUUUAAUUCGUGCCAAGGACAGAAAAGCACUACUGAAAUUGUUGACAUCGAAGAAUGUAGAAGAGAUAGUUGUGAAGAGGGUUGAAAAGAAGGCCAUGGUGUUUGGUCAAGAAGUGAGCCUUGAUCAUGAUGUCAAGGGAAAUUACAAGGUUGAUCCAGCAAUAGUUUCUCGACUAUACAAGAAAUGGAUAAUACCCAUGACAAAAAAUGUUGAACUUGAGUACUUACUGCGUCGUCUCGAUUGAAUUCAUUUAAUACCAUUAAUAGAAGUAUUAAUUGAAGAACAAUACGAUGAUUCAUUAUUCAAAUGAUCGAUCAAAUUCUUAAGCAUCUCCAGAUAGUACACAAUCAAGAUACUUGCGUGUAUAUUAUUUGAAGAAGGAAAACUAUAAGGAUCAGUACUUCAAAUUGCUUCUACUUUUUUAGUGUAGACGUUUUUAUUCUUUAAUGACAAAUUAUUUUGGAAAUUAAAUUA